GAUCUGAAUUUGUUGAAAUGAACAGUCGUAAGUCAAAGAAUAGCAACUUAAUACAUGCAGAAUGCCUUUCACAGGUACAAAGAAUUUUACGUGAAAGAUUUUGUCAUCAGAGUUCUCAUAGUAACCUAUUUGGAGUACAAUUACAAUACAAACACUUAAUUGAGUUGCUCAAAAGAACUGCUAUCCAUGGAGAAAGUAACUCAGUUCUCAUUAUUGGACCCCGAGGAUCAGGAAAGACGAUGUUAGUAAAUCAAGCUUUAAGAGAACUCAUGGAAAUAGAAGAUGUGAGUGGAAAUAUAUUACAAGUUCACCUAAAUGGGUUGCUGCAGAUAAAUGAUAAAAUUGCUUUAAAGGAAAUCACAAGGCAGUUAAAUCUGGAAAAUGUAGUUGAAGAUAAAGUUUUUGGAAGCUUUGCUGAAAACCUUGUAUUUCUUCUGGAAGCUUUAAGAAAAGGUAACCGGACUAGCAGUUGCCCAGUGGUCUUCAUUUUAGAUGAAUUUGAUCUUUUUGCCCAUCAUAAAAACCAAACUCUCCUCUACAAUCUUUUUGAUAUUUCUCAGUCUGCACAGACUCCACUUGCAGUUAUUGGUCUUACAUGUAGAUUGGAUAUUUUGGAGCUCCUAGAAAAAAGAGUGAAGUCACGAUUUUCACACCGGCAGAUACACUUAAUGAAUUCUUUUGGUUUUCCACAAUAUCUUAAAAUAUUUAAAGAACAACUAUCUCUACCUGUAGAAUUUCCAGACAAGCUUUUUGCUGAGAAAUGGAAUGAGAGUGUUCAGUGUCUCUCAGAAGAUAGAAGUAUACGAGAAGUACUACAGAAACAUUUCAAUGUCAACAAAAAUCUACGGUCAUUACAUAUGCUGUUGAUGGUUGCUUUAAACCGUGUUACAACGUCACACCCAUUUGUAACGACAGCAGAUCUGAUGGAGGCAAGUCAGCUGUGUAGCAUGGACUCUAAAGCAAAUAUUGUACAUGGUUUGUCAGUCUUGGAAAUUUGUCUUAUAAUAGCAAUGAAACAUUUAAAUGAUAUCUACGAAGAGGAGCCCUUUAAUUUUCAAAUGGUCUACAAUGAGUUUCAGAAGUUUGUUCAAAGGAAGGCUCAUUCCAUUUAUAAUUUUGAGAAACCAGUUGUCAUGAAGGCCUUUGAACACUUACAACAGCUAGAAUUAGUGAAGCCCAUGGAAAGAACUUCAGUGAGUGCACAGCGAGAGUACCAGCUGAUGAGACUGCUUCUAGACAGCACUCAAAUUAUGAAUGCUCUACAGAAGUACCCCAACUGUCCUACAGAUGUUAGGCAGUGGGCAACGUCCUCACUGAGCUGGUUAUGAAUCUUCACCAAGGACUUAAUGUUGGAGCUCAAAGCAUACUUCUCUGAAGAACUAAAAGGCCAUUGUUAAAAAGAUACGUAACUUUAAGUUUUAUGUAUUUAUAAACAUCUAUUUUUGUACUAUAGGGAGACUUUUACCAUGUAGAAUCUUUGUGUCUUCCCUUUCAAUAGAUGUGCUGUUACAUGAUUUAUAAUUCUGAUUAUUUAGAUUGUGUUUUAAAAGAAUAAACUUAGAAAUUGGACCAUAUGCUUAUUUAACCGUUCUGAAGUUUUUAUGUGGUACAUGUGAAGAAUUCACUUCACCCUGCCAGCCAAAGCUAUUAAGAAUAAAUGUGCUAACAAUC